GAUACGCUUCUAAAAUCCAAAGAACAAAAGAAUGUAAAACCCAAACGACCAAAUCCAGUUAGGUAGCUUCAUUUCCAAUCUCACCUACCAACGCCUACUACUCUUCCUUUUCAGAAGCCAUUUUUAGAGAAGGAUUCAGAAAUGAGUCUGCACACGAGCGUGAUGGAAGAGAUAACGUUUUACACUGGGCUGUCUCCCGCCGCGUUUUUCACCCUUUUGGCUAUGAUGGUCGUCGUUUACAGAACCGUGAGCGCCAUGUUUGUGUCCCCCGAAGAUUACAACAAACCUCCCGUUGUUUCGGCCCGAACUCACCCCCAGUUCGAAGACCCCGAACCGCCUCGCCAACCGGUCCAGUUGGGUCAAGUAACGGACCAGGAAUUGCGAGCAUACGAUGGUUCCGACCCCAAUAAACCGCUUUUGAUGGCAAUCAGGGGUCAGAUCUUUGACGUGUCCACUGGCAGGAACAUGGUACGGGUCAUCUGAUUGGAGAAGGACAUGAGUCACGGGGACUUUAUUUUCUAAAACUAAGCUCCUCGGUAUCCUGUUUUGCAACUUCAUCCCCAAAACUUUUGCAUGAUCGUUUGGGUCACCCAAGUUUAUCCAAGUUGAAGAUGAUGGUUCCAAGUCUCAAACACAUUCAAGCCUUAGAUUUUGAAUCGUGUCAGUUAGGAAAGCAUGUUAGAUCUUCCUUCCCUAAAAAGUCUGAGACACGAUGUAAUUUUUCUUUUUCUACGAUUCAUUCUGAUGUUUGGGGAUCAAGUUGUGUCACUUCUUUUGGUUUUAACUAUUUUGUAACGUUCAUUGAUGAAUUCUCUCGUUGUACUUGGGUUUAUCUAAUAAAAGAAAGAUCUGAACUUUUAUCCAUAUUUGUGUCCUUCUUUAAUGAAAUUAAGAACCAAUUUGGGAAGACAAUUAAAAUUCUCAGAAGUGAUAAUGCUAAGGAAUAUUUUUCUGCUGUGUUUUCCUCAUUUUUAUCUUCCCAUGGAAUUUUACAUCAGUCAACAUGUCCUCACACUCCACAAUAA